UGCUAUGCUUAAUGAUUGGUCCACCACUAGCAAAACGGGUUGUUCACAAUAUUUAAGUAAAAUUCUUUGAAAACGGAGAAAAUGCCCGAAAGCGACGUGACUAAAAUGAAAGUAGCGGACUUGAAGCGCGAGCUUAAGCUUCGUGGCCUCACCGUGAACGGCAAUAAGACGGAACUACAGGACCGCCUGCAGACUGCUCUGUUGGAGGGUGACAUUUCACUGGAGGAUUCGGCCAUAGCAGAUGCUAUUGACGACGACGACGUCUCCCUCACGGACGAGGAUGAGCACAAGCUGCUGGGCGAUGACGAACUGCUUAAGAGUCCGGUUAGCACGCCCACAACAGUAGCCAUUCCGGACCUGCUGGCCGAGGAUAAGUCGACAACGGAUUCCACGACUGCCCUGCCGGCCAAGAAAAUAGUGCUCAAGCGAAACAAUUCCCAGCAGUCCACUGGCGCAGCAGCCAGCACGGCAACAACGCCGUCCAAGGAGAAUGAGGCACCAACCACAGCAAUAACCGUUUCCACCGAUGAGACUCCAACAAAGAAGCACAAGCCGAUUAUAGUUGGCCCGAAAACGGAAGGUGACAAGCCAGCCGGAGACAAGAAGCUCACCCAGUUAACCGCGCAAGAGAGAUUGGAACUACGGGCUAAGAAAUUUGGCAUUACGCCAGCUGCAUCUACAGCUGUGGCCGCCACCGCAACCACAGUGGCUGCAGCCAUCAACAAAUCCUCGAGCGCCUCCAUAACGGCCAACAAAGGCAACAAGGAGACGGAAGAGCAACAGAAAGAGGCACUAAAAAGGCGCGCCGAACGUUUCGGCUGCGUGGUGCCAGAAAAGACUCCUAAAUCAGCGGCCGAGGAGAGGCUACUGAAGCGAAAGGAGCGUUUUGGAGCCGGAGCAGCAACGACGGAAGCCACCCCAACGGCUGCCACCACCGAAUCAAAGGACGCCUGGUCAGAGAAGGCGCGUGCACGCUUGGAGAGAUUUAAAACUGUCCCGGCCGCUGAAGCAACCAAAUAAGGCCACAGCAAAACUAUUUACUUAGGCAAACAAAUUCAGUUGUAAAUCCCUUCCACCGCAGGAAGAAAUGCAUUCAUAUAUCGAAUCCCAAAGCCAACAAUGCUUGUAGCUAUUAAGGGAAAAUUUAAUAAACGUACAUCCUCAAAUUGAC